AUGGAAUACAGAAGCGAAAUAUCAGAGAUUCUACCUGUAACCACCUUAGAGAAUGAGCUUGAUAUUCACCAGCAAGCGGAAACUGGGGGAAAUAAGUCAAGCACUACAAUGUUCAUCCUCCUCGGAUUUGGAAAAUUCUUUGAAUUUCAGAUUCUCCUCUUUCUACUGUUUCUAGUCAUCUACAUUCUGGCUGUUGUUGGGAAUCUCCUAAUUAUUUUACUAGUUGCAGUAGACCAGCACCUUCAUACCCCCAUGUAUUUCUUCCUGAUGAACUUGUCUGUCUUGGAAACCUGCUACAUUUCAAACAUUCUUCCCAGGAUGCUGGUCAGUUUUUUAACUGGACAGAGAGCCAUUUCAUUUGAGGGAUGUGUCACACAAUGGUAUCUUUUUGCUUUCUUUGCAUCCACUGAAUGUUACCUUCUAUCCAUGAUGUCUUAUGAUCGGUAUCUGGCAAUCUGCAAACCUCUUCACUACAUGUCCCUUAUGCAUAGCAGACUCUGUCUGCAAUUGGCUUCCACAUCUUGGAUGAUUGGGAUAAUAACUAGCACAAUAAUAACCUCCUUUAUGUUACAGCUGAACUUCUGUGGACCCCAUGAAAUCAACCACUUCUUUUGUGACAUAUUUCCAGUGUCAGACCUCUCCUGUAGCAAUCCUUCCUUUGUGAAGCUUGCAACCUAUGUUCUGGGUGGCAUGGGAACUAUUGUCCCUUUCACACUAACGUUGGUCUCCUAUAUCUGCAUUAUUCUCACCAUCUUAAGAAUUCCAUCCAAAGCUGCACAACAGAAGGCCUUCUCCACCUGCUCAUCCCACCUCAUUGUGGUGAUGCUUUUCUAUGGAUCCCUAUUCAUUGUCUACGUAAUCCCUGAAACAGACGCCCUGAAGGAGCUACACAAAAGUUUCUCUCUGUUCUAUACAGUUCUUACUCCCAUGCUCAACCCUCUCAUAUACAGCUUGAGAAACAAAGAGGUGAAGAAAGCUCUUUGCAGAACAGCAAGGAAAUUCAGCAACAGAGUUUCUUAG